CUCCACUAAGCCCUUCAUCUCUAUCAUUUUACCGAGAAGCUCCGUUUCGAAAGCAAGAAAACCUGGACUCAAGGGAAGGAGAAAUUAUUGUACUAUCUUGUUUUCUCCUUUUUCUUCCCCUUCAGGUGAUUUGAUUAGGUUGUAACACUGGAGAUGGCGAGUUCUAAUGCUUGCUUGCUGGUUAUUCUAUUUUUAUCUUGCUGGGCUUCAAUUGGAGAUGCCGAGUAUCUGAAAUACAAAGAUCCCAAGCAACCUCUUGGUGUUCGAAUCAAGGAUUUGAUGAAGCGGAUGACCCUUGCAGAGAAAAUUGGUCAGAUGACACAGAUCGAACGGAAGGUUGCAUCGCCGCAAGUAAUGAAAGAUUACUUCAUUGGUAGUGUAUUAAGUGGUGGGGGUAGUGUGCCUGCUCCUCAGGCAUCAGCAGAGGUUUGGGUGAAUAUGGUAAAUGAUUUUCAAAAGGGCGCUCUAUCGACACGGCUCGGGAUUCCAAUGUUAUAUGGGAUUGAUGCCAUUCAUGGCCAUAACAAUGUUUACAAUGCAACUAUAUUUCCUCACAAUAUUGGCCUUGGUGCUACCAGGGAUCCUGACCUUGUGAAGCGGAUUGGUGCUGCAACUGCUCUCGAAGUCAGGGCUACUGGCAUUCCUUACACAUUUGCUCCAUGUAUUGCAGUCUGCAGAGAUCCUAGGUGGGGUAGGUGUUUUGAAAGCUAUAGUGAAGACCACAAGAUUGUCCAAGCAAUGACUGAGAUAAUACCUGGUUUACAAGGAGAUUUCCCUGCAAACUAUAGAAAAGGCACUCCCUACGUUUCUGGAAGAGACAAGGUUGCAGCCUGUGCCAAGCACUUUGUUGGUGAUGGGGGACACAAAAGGAAUUACCCUCAUUUCUUCACAGGAGAGGAAAUCCAAGCAGAGAGAGAAAGAAGAGAAGAGAAGGAAGGAGCUCCUCCUUCGACAGCCGCCGGACCACCGCCGGGCCACCGCAGGAACCUCGCGCCGGACCACCGGCCAGGACCUCGUCGGACCACGCUGAUCAUCGCAGAACCUCGCCGGACCACCGCCGGGCACCGCAGAACCUCGCCGGUACCACCACCUUUAAGGCCCGACGUUCAGUCCCUACGCCCUGCUGAAGCCGACGCCUGCUUUAAGUCUCGGCCGACUACGGUCUCCGGCCGACUACGCGUCUCCGGCCGACUAAGGUCUCCGGCGAUACGGUCUCCGGCCGGGACUAUGAUCUCCGGACGAUACGGUCUCCGGCCGACUAAGGUCUCCUGCGACUACGGUCUCCUGCCGACUACGGUCUCCAGCCGACUUACGCGUCUCCUGGCCGACUACGGUCUCCGGCCGACUAGCGUCUCCUGCCGAUACGGUCCCUGCCGACUACGGUCUGUUCAGGCCAAACAAACCUCAUCAAUGCCCGCAUACUAUAACUCCAUUUCGAAGGGUGUUUCCACCAUCAUGGUAUCCUACUCAAGCUGGAAUGGGGUGAAAAGCAUGCUAAUCAAAAAUAUGAUUACUGGCUUCCUGAAGAACACACUUCAUUUUAAGGGUUUUGUUAUUUCAGAUUGGCAAGGCAUUGAUAGGAUAACUAGUCCUCCUGGUGCAAACUACACUUACUCUAUCCAAGCUGGAGUCAAUGCUGGUAUUGAUACACAGCGACUAACUACUCUUGUCAAUAGCAACAAUGUGUGCCACUGGCAGAAUAAGAUGAAUGCUGCAGAAGGCAUUCUUCGUGUGAAUUCUCAAUGGGUUCUCUUUGAGAAUCCUUUAAAUCAUUUUUCCCCCUAUUUUGCCAUUCAACAGGAGCACAGAGAGUUGGCCAGAGAAGCUGUCAGGAAAUCACUUGUGCUGCUGAAGAAUGGGAAAUCUGCCCAUGAACAGGUUCUUCCCCUCCCUAAGAAAGCUCAGAACAUCUUAGUUGCUGGAAUCCAUGCUGAUAACCUGGGUUACCAGUGUGGUGGUUGGACAAUUGAGUGGCAAGGAGCUAGUGGAAGAAUUACUGUUGGAACUACAAUCCUUGAUGCCAUUAAACUAGCCGUUGAUCCUUCUACUAAAGUAACCUACUCAGAGAAUCCAGACUUCACCUUUGCAAAAACCAGCAAGUUCUCCUAUGCCAUUGUUGUCGUCGGAGAACCGCCAUACAGCGAGACCGCCGGAGACAGCCUCAACCUGACGAUCUUAGAACCUGGUUCGACCAUCAUCCAUAAUGUAUGUAGAGCUGUUAAGUGCGUCGUGGUCAUCAUCUCCGGUCGACCGGUCUUGAUGGAGCCUCAUAUUGAAGUGAUUGAUGCCCUUGUGGCUGCCUGGUUGCCAGGAUCUGAGGGCCAGGGUGUGGCUGAUGUGCUAUUUGGAGACUAUGGAUUCACAGGCAAGCUUCCAAGAACCUGGUUUAAGUCUGUAGAUCAGUUGCCAAUGAAUGUUGGGGAUAGAUAUUAUGAUCCAUUGUUUCCUUUUGGGUUUGGCUUGACAACUAAAGCCCUUAAGGACAUAAAAAGUUGAGAUGUUAUGUAUUGCUCUAUGUUGACGGAUCUGAAAAAUCUUAGAGGAAGCUUUGCUUAGCUUUUCUAUUUGUUCAUCU